UCCACCUGGCGCUAUCUCAUGAGCCGACCAUGAGCAUGUCUCAGAUGCAGUUUUGGUCACACCUUUAGUCUGUUCAAGUCAAAGGGUUCUCGCCGCUUAGUGGGCAGCCUGAGCAUGGAGGUGUUAAUCAAUGUCGGCGGGAACCCUAUCCACGCUUACCAGUGAGAUUGCCUGUCGAACAAAGCCCUUCAAUGUUCGCAUCGCGUACGAUGUCAGAUGCCACCAUCGAAGAUGAAAGUAACCUCCAUACGGGAUGUACAUCUAUUUGGAUCCUUCAACACAAUCUCGGUCCGGUGAAUACAUCGUUACACAUUGAUGGUUGGAAACGAUUACACAGUGCAGCAUACAUGCCCAGGAUGUUCGCAAAACAGGCUCAUUUUGGGAUAGUGCACUCUGUCGGACGUUUCUGUGAUGGUGUCCCGCAAAGCGAGACCAAGAUCGACAGGGUCAUGCCAGUAACCAAGAAGUCCAGGCUGGUCUUAUUGACCAUGUGGCCUUGCCAGACAACUCGCUCCAACUGUUGGCUGCAACAGUCAAGCAUGUUCAUGAGUAAGCCAUUGAUACUAUAUGAUUCGCUGGAAAACGAGGCCAGGUGCUAUCCAAAUAUAGCGCUUGGACAACACAUGUGGCGGUGCCUAGCCACAAGUUGCUUGUAUCCUUGUGGCAUCAAGUAUCCGUGCUGUAGGCGCUGUAUUGCGGUUUCAGUUCCUGCGUCCACAGGUUGGGUGGGGUACACUGCAGGUGUGCAUGCAACGGAUAUCGAUUGUGUACGGACGGCACUAAUGUCAAGACUCAUGAUUGCUAUUAGACGACUAGGAAUAGUCUGCAUUGUCGCAUCUCCACAUCCAGCGCAAGUCGCUAUCAAGAGGCCGGCCAGAUUAGGACCUCUCGAACAUUUCGAUCUAGUAUCCAUGAGGCUCGCGUUCGCAACCCGGUCGUGGGACCGAUGACAGCAGCAAAGCCUACUGUAGGCCUCUGCGCCUAAUAUAGUUCAUCUUGGGGAUCAGCGAUCACCCCGCAAAUGCCAUAGCGAUGGAUGCUUCCUCAUACCCACCACGUGAACGGAUGACCGUUACGUCUAUGGGUAACACAGGAUGGUGGACCAUGGAA